AUACUUAGUUAAAAGCCACUGCGGGAGAUCUACCGGCUGAUGUAGCACCAAUUAAUUGCCCUCGAGAGACUUGAUGGGAUCGGGUGAUAGGUGCCAUCUGGCUGGCGCCAGCAAGCCCAUGAACUCGGUUCUCACCUUCCAAUGGAGCAAGAAAAAGCGGGGCAGAGCAACAAAUGGCGCGCGGGAAGGAGAUGGACCGCCGCGAUUUUUUUUACUACGAGGCGAAGGAGCGACCGCCUACAUCCAAUAGCAAAGGGCCGUUCCCGUUCCCCUUCCCCUUCCCCUUCCCCUUCCCCAUUCCGAGCAAUGGCUUUCUGGGGGGUUGAAGUAAAGCCCGGAAACCAUUACAUGCAUCUUCUCAACGAUUUUCAGGGACGACUUCGUAUCUGCCAGGCAACAUUGGGGAGUGGCAGUGCGGUGACGAAGAGCGUGCUGCAAUGCAUUGUCGGCAAUAGAAGCCCCAUCUUACUGUGCAGCUUGAUUCCUAAUGUGGUUGAGACAUGCCAUUUGGAGCUCGAGUUCGAGGAGGAUGGCAAGGUCAUCUUCUCAGUUCUUGGGGAAAGAAGUGUGCACCUCUCUGGUUACUUUCUUCGUCCUAAGAUUCUCAUGGGUGGGGAUGAAAGUGAUUCAUAUGGGGAGGACAUCGGUGAAGAGGAUUCAAGCAGCUACGAUAAGUAUGAAUCUGAAUUUAUUGAUGAUGGUGAUGAUGAUUUUCGAUGCCAGCCUGUUGUCAAGUCUAAGAGCUCCAUGGAAUUGGAAAAUGAAGAGAAAGAUGGCUUCCCGAUAUCUUUUUUCCGAAGAAAGAAAAUUUCUACUAAGACUGCUGAUGGGAACAGUAAAUUAGGUGAUUCAACAAUCCAUGGAUCACUGGAAAGCGAAGAGGAAGAUGGGAAUUCUAAGCCUGCAGAAGGGAAUGCUGAAACAGGUGCUGCGGCAGUUGAUGAGGAAAAGAAAAGGAAGAUCAAUGCCAUCAGUGAAGGCCUAGAAUCUGCAAGGGUAACUUUCCAGCCAUGUGAUUCUUCACUGCUGCCUUCUGAGAUGAGAUUUGAAAGCAAUGGCAUCCCAAAGAAGAAAAAGAAAGUUAAGGAUGGAAAACCUCUUGAAAUGAUAUCUAAUGGGGAAAGGGUAAGAGGUGAUCCAGAGCAAGAUAGGGAUGAUACAGAGGUUGGCAUGGUGAAAAUGGAGACCAAGGAAAAUGAUCUUCUGGUGGAAAUGUUGGCGUCCACGUUCUCUGCGACGGGGGGCGGGAUAUGCAAACUAUUAGACAAGGCUGAUGUGGUCUUCGUCGAAGAUAUCGUUGUUCAGGUGCUUGACCUGAACAAAGUGAUCGAUCUUGACUCCGUUCACGAUAUGGUUAGCGAAUAUCUGUGAGUUCUUCCUCUCCCUCCACUCCACUUUUCCCCGCCUUGAUGAUGUUUAAUAUUUGUUUCCAACCGAAGCAACCCGACUGACACGAGGGAUUAUUUCUUCUCAUCUUCUCAAGCUAUCACGACCUGUGUAAUCUCUGGUGGAAAACAAACUAAAUAAAACAGGAAACACUUGAAAAGAAAAUCUUGUCUAAACCUACGUUUGGACCGGCUCCUUCCCUGGGCCCUAAU